AUUCAUCAUACAAACGAGGAGCGAUCUGGUAAGAAUGUGCUCUCUCAUCAUCGCCUGCCUUCCUCCCCAGCUCUGUACUUUACUUUCUCUCUCUCUCCCUACUUCCUCCUACGGUCUUCCCAAAUGUGUACCACACUGAAAUCCUAGAAAAACCUUUUCUCUCUUUCUCUAUUCCUCAAUACACAAUACUUCUACUGAUCAGUUUGUGAUGGAAAUCCCUGAAGAAGAAGCAGAUGAUCAGGGCUCAGGAUGGUUCCAAGUGAAGAAGAAGCAUAGAAGUAACUCAAAGUUCUCUCUACAAAGUUGGGUUGGCGGAUUUUCGGGAAAGCACACAUCACAGUUAGUGCAUAGUCGACCUUCAUUGAGUGACAAACAUGGAAAUUUACAUGGCAAACAUAGAUCCAACUAUGCAAAGGCAGGGGCAGAAAUUGCCGCAAACAACCAGGGGAAUGUUGCAACUUCUACUUCUGUAUUGAGUAAAGAUGAAAAGGAUGUGCAUGACUCUGAUAAAUGUAUGGUUGAUCAAGACAAUGAGUGCUCGAAAUCAUCCGUGUUGGGAACUGUUGUUGUUACACAUUCUAAUAGUAGUACUGGGGACCCAAAAGAAAUUCCUCAAACUGAUAAGCCUAGCAUGGUUCAUAAAAUUAAAUGGGGUGAUCUUGAAGAUGAUGCUUUGUUGCUGCAUUGUGAAAAAACUGAUGGAGCUGAGACCCAUUUUGGUGAUGCCGGGGUUGAUAGUGCAGCAGUUGGCAGCAAAUCUGAGAAUGCUGGUAUUUUGGCUGCAUGUGAUCCUUCUUGUAGUGAAUCCCAAGAGAACAAAUUGGUGCGAACAUCUUUAGAUGCAAAUGUUGGCCCUCAUCAAAUGCCUUUGCUAUCUUGUAAGGAUGAAUCUUUUGAGAGUAACUGUAAAGAGCUGAGUGAAUUAUCUUCCAAAGAUGUGAAUUUUCCAAUAAUAGAUGGUCGAAUGGUCGACCUAAGCAACGAUCUUUCAAAUUGCACGGUAAACCAUGAACCAAACAAUGACAGCUCACUAAGCUUUAGUUGUCCAUCUGGCGAAAAGGCUGAGGCACAUGUUGUCAUGUCAGAGGAACAUGAUUUGAGAAUUUCUGAAGUAUCAGUUAGAGAUGGGGGUAACACAGUGAUGAUUGGCCAAGAAUCUGAUAAUAUACCUGAAACUUCAGCAGUCUCUGAUGUGACAACUUCUGUGGAAGGCUCUAGGGAUCUUCAGGAUGGUACACUUGAAGAUGAUUUGUCAAGAGUCCAGUUUGUGGCUGCCAUUGGAGAAGCUGAUGCUGGUGAAGGAAAAGAAAGGUUUAGGCAGCGGCUUUGGUGCUUUUUAUUUGAGAACCUUAAUAGGGCUGUGGAUGAACUUUAUCUUCUCUGUGAAUUAGAAUGUGAUUUGGAGCAGAUGAAAGAGGCCAUUCUGGUCCUUGAAGAAGCUGCAUCUGAUUUUAAGGAACUAAAUAGUAGAGUGGAGGAAUUUGAGAACAUGAAAAAGACCUCAUCUCAAGUAAUAGAUGGGGUGCCAAUGACAAUGAAGAAGACUGAUCACCGCAGGCCACAUGCUCUCUCGUGGGAGGUCCGGAGAAUGACAACUUCACCUCACAGAGCAGAAAUUCUGUCUUCAUCUCUUGAGGCUUUUAAGAAAAUUCGACAGGAAAGAGCUGGCAUGAGUCUUGCUAAUGAUGUGAAACCCCCAGGGGUUGAAUGUCCUAAUGACCAAAAUAUAGCCAGUGAUACUCUGAAGAAGUCAGCUCAGAGAAGUUUUUUAGCAACAAAUUCUAAAGAUUUGAUGAUCAAGUCCAGAAAGCAGAGUCGAGGUCCAGAUCUCACUCAGAGAAACAUAAUUGGAGAGAAGCGGAGUGUUGAAUCAAGCAGGUCCAACAAAAUAGCGCAAAAUGGUCGGGUCCCUCCACAGAACUCAUCCACUGCUGAUUCCUAUUCAAUGAGGCCACCUCUUAAAGACAGUUAUUCUGCUUCUGCAGCUGGAAAGUGCAAGAAAGAACAACUCGGAUUUACAUUUGAAAAAGAAAAACUUCUGCCAAGGAAAGAUGAUAUCUUGACCAAUAGUAUUGUUGAGAAAAACCCCAAGUGCAUGGAUCUCCUGAAGAGGCAAGAUAAGGAAAAGGAAAUGAAAAAUGCAACUUCACGGAAGUCCAUGGAUGCUUGGAAAGAAAAAAGAAAUUGGGAGGACAUACUCGCAUCACCAUUCCGUGUUUCUUCCCGUGUUUCACAUUCACCAAGCAUGAAUAGGAGAAGUGCUGAGCGUGCUCGUGUUUUGCAUGAUAAACUAAUGUCUCCUGAGAAGAAGAAGAAAACUGCUUUGGAUCUGAAAAAGGAAGCAGAAGAAAAGCAUGCUCGAGCAAUGAGGAUUAGAAGUGAGCUAGAGAACGAGAGAGUGCAAAAGCUUCAGCGUACCUCAGAAAAGUUAAAUCGUGUUAAUGAAUGGCAGGCUGUUCGCAGCAUGAAGCUACGAGAGGGAAUGUAUGCUCGCCACCAACGUAGUGAAUCUCGGCAUGAAGCUUUUCUUGCUCAAGUUGUGAGAAGGGCAGGUGAUGAAAGCAGUAAGGUUAAUGAGGUUCGUUUCAUUACUUCCUUAAAUGAAGAGAAUAAAAAGCUUAUGUUGCGCCAGAAACUUCAUGAUUCAGAGUUGAGGAGAGCUGAAAAACUUCAAGUUAUAAAAACUAAGCAAAAAGAGGACAUGGCGAGAGAAGAAGCUGUUUUGGAGCGUAGGAAACUUAUUGAAGCUGAAAAGUUACAGCGUCUUGCUGAGACACAGCGAAAAAAGGAAGAGGCUCAAGUGAGAAGGGAAGAGGAACGCAAAGCGUCAAGUGCAGCACGUGAGGCAAAGGCUAUAGAGCAGCUUCGGAGAAAGGAGGUUAGAGCCAAGGCCCAGCAAGAAGAAGCUGAACUUCUGGCACAAAAAUUAGCUGAGAGACUUAGUGAAAGUGAACAACGUCGUAAAUUUUACUUGGAACAAAUACGGGAGAGAGCGUCAAUGGACUUCAGGGAUCAAUCUUCACCUUUGUUGCGCCGGUCUUUGAAUAGGGGGGAGAAUCAGGGAAGAUCUACUCCAACCAACAAUGCUGAAGAUUGCCAAGAAAACAACUCGGGUUUAGGAGGUUCUUCUCUUUCAACUGGAAAUAUUGCACCACAACAUUCACUAAAACGAAGGAUCAAAAGGAUUAGGCAAAGGCUUAUGGCUCUAAAACAUGAGUUUCCUGAGCCUCCAGUUGGUGCUGAAAAUGGUGGUAUUGGAUAUAGAACAGCUGUGGGAACUGCCAGGGCAAAAAUUGGGAGGUGGCUUCAAGAACUUCAAAGACUUCGGCAAGCAAGAAAAGAAGGAGCUGCAAGUAUAGGCCUUAUAACUGCUGAAAUGAUUAAGUUUUUAGAGGGAAAGGAGCCUGAACUGCAUGCAUCUCGCCAAGCCGGUCUGCUUGAUUUUAUUGCUUCUGCCCUGCCAGCUUCUCAUACAUCAAAACCUGAAGCUUGCCAGGUGACCAUAUACCUCUUAAGACUUCUGAGGGUGGUGCUAUCAAUGCCUGCAAACAGGAGUUAUUUUCUUGCACAGAAUCUCUUGCCUCCAGUCAUUCCCAUGUUGUCAGCAGCUCUUGAGAACUAUAUCAAGAUUGCAGCUUCUUUGAAUGUGCCUGGCGGCAGCAACUCAUUAUUGAGCAAAUCAUAUGAGAAUUUUGAGUCAAUCUCUGAAGUACUGGAUGGUUUCUUGUGGACUGUAACAACAAUAAUGGGCCAUAUAAGCUCUGAUGAAUGCCAACUCCAAAUGCAGGACGGUUUGCUGGAGCUUGUGGUUGUAUACCAGGUUAUUCAUCGACUGAGGGAUCUUUUUGCUCUCUAUGAUAGGCCUCAGGUGGAAGGGUCGCCAUUUCCUUCAUCUAUUAUUUUAAGUAUAAAACUAUUGACUGUUCUGACAUCAAGACCUGGAACUAUUUCUUCUAUUGAUUGGGAAUCUUUUCCAAUUGAAACAGCGAGAGUAGAUGAAAUUAAAGAAGGUAAAUGUGCAAACAUCACUGGUUUUGUAAAUUCUUUGGUGAAUAACUCCAGUGGAGAUCCUAGAACUCCAUUAUCUACACUAAACUGUAGCAUGGCACUGACUUUGCCUGAUGUCCCGGAGGAUAGGCCAUUAGAAGAAUUUUGUCCGCAUAAUAGAAGUGAUGAGUCAGUAUUUGUAGGCAGCCAUCGUGAGAAGGAGCUGGCUGAUGUUGCAACCAAGUCAGAUAGUGCCAACACUAACGUGACAGAUGCUCCUGAUGAAUUUCAGAAAAAUCCCAUUGCGGAUUCUUCCAAUUCUUUUCAACUUAAGAAGGAUGAAAAUAUCAUGAUGGAUACUGGUGCAGGGACAAAGAAUGAUAAUUUGUUGAUAUUAAAGCAAUCGGGGGCAUCACUUCUUUCUGCCAUGUCAGAAACUGGUCUAGUUUGUCUCCCAUCUCUUUUGACAGCUGUAUUGUUGCAGGCAAACAAUAAAUUGUCGUCUGAAGAGGCAUCAUAUGUCCUUCCAUCAAAUUUUGAAGAAGUGGCAACUGGAGUGCUGAAGGUUUUGAACAAUUUGGCUCUUAUGGAUAUUUCUCUUGUUCAGAGAAUGCUAGCUAGGCCGGACUUGAAAAUGGAAUUUUUCCACUUGAUGAGUUUCCUUCUUUCUCACUGCACUAGCAAGUGGAGAAGAGCUACUGAUCAGGUUGGCUUGCUUCUGUUAGAGUCUUUAUUGCUUCUUGGCUACUUUGCGUUGUUCCACCCUGGGAAUCAAGCUGUCCUUCGAUGGGGGAAGAGUCCUACUAUCCUUCAUAAGGUAUGCGAUCUCCCAUUUGUGUUCUUCAGUGAUCCAGAAUUGAUGCCAGUCAUGGCUGGCACACUUGUUGCUGCCUGCUAUGGGUGUGAGCAGAACAAGGGUGUGAUUCAGCAAGAAAUUAGUACAGAUAUGCUUGUGUCCUUGUUAAGAUCUUGCAGAAGUGGUUUGUCUGCAGUUAAAUUGGAUCAGAAUAUAGAGAAUCCCUCGUCAGAUGAUUCUGUUGCUGAAUGUAAUUUGUUAGGUCCUGAAUAUAGAAAGCUUCAAGGUGAUAUCCCUCUAAGACCCAACCGUUGUACCACAAGAAGCAAUCGAGUUGCUGUGGGGAAAGGUAGUACUUCAGGAACCAACACUAAAAUUGGCAAAGCACGAAACCGAAGAGAUAAAUCUACAAAAAAUUUUGAAGAAAUGGCUCUGAAGCACAAUCUACUGGCUUCAGACAAUUCUUCUACAUUAAUGUUGCACUGUAGAUUCCCCCGUAGUUUCAUUGAUAAAGCAGAGCAGUUCUUUUCAACUGAGAUUAGUGGCCAGUGUGGGUGAGGUUUUGAGUCCUCUCUAGGCUGAAAGGUUGUCCAAUUCCCAUUUUUAGUAGUAGCAACUACUGUGAUGCUCUUGCAAUUGUCUGGGAGUUGCAGCUGCACAUAGAGGACUCACUUUUCUCAAUUUUAAGUAGUGACGAGGGAUCCCAUUCAGAAACAAGAACUGCAGCUGGCGCUAUGAUCUUUGGCAGCAGCAUUUGGACUGCCGGGCUGGGCGUGGUUCAGUUAACCAAACCAUUCUAUUAAAACACAUUUGAUGAACACAGGUUGGGUUGGCCAACUGCUGAUCCAUACCAUAGCCUUCCCCCCCUGGCAUUGGUGGCAUGUAAAUUUUGUCUUGAACCCAAAACUCUAGUCUUAUUCGUGGACGUCCUUUGGACCCCUCCUCCCCUUGGGCGGCACCAAGUUGGGGGCUGGAAGCAGCACUUGGGGUUCGUCAGUAUUUGGCCUUCAUGCAUAAUUGAAUCCAACACAUUAGGACUUGGGGUUACCAUGAGCUUGCUCCUGGGGCGUCCGCCCAUGUCCAAUUCCUUUAGACAUGUGAGGGCAUGUUGCUGUAUUUUGUUCCCAAGUCCUAAUUCCAGUUUCGAAGGUUUCUGCUUCUCUAAUUUAAUUUUUUUCUACGUCAGCGAGUUCUUGCUUGUUGCACCUUGUACUGGGGAGGGAGUCCUGUCUGAAGCCAAACGCCUGCCAUUUGUUAGAUCUCUAGGCUCCAGAAUUUAAUUUGAUAGAUGUAUUGGAAACUCUAUUUCACAGAAUUUUUUUUUGGAGUUUGGGGAACAUUAAGAAAUGGAAAGGAAAUGAGAAAUAAUUUAUUUUUGA